UUCACGCAGCUUCACGGGGGACACUGUCCGCUCUCUGCUUUGUCAGCAAGCUUGGAGUUGGGGGAUAUGAUUUGCGACCUUGCGUUCUCUUUACACCGUACCUCGUACACGCGAGAUGGUGUAAUAAAAGUGGGCUGGACGGAAGGGAAUUUACAGAAAAUCACUUCCUCGUCGCUCGCUCCAGGCCGGGACACGGAAGGUCUCUGGAGAAAGCGAAAGAAAUCGACUGCAGCGAAAGAUCGCCACUUUGAGCCGAAGGACGCGAGGAACUGACUAAAAGGUUGGAGACCUCCCCCCCACUUCACCAACGAAGACUCUGAGCCGAUCUGGGAUCCCGUUGAGGCAAGGGAUCAGCACAGUGGAUCAUGGCAACGCAAGACCCGGCGCCCCCACUGGAGGGUGCAGCAGGGGACACCGAGACAUCCGCCACCCCCCACCGACAACUGGAUGCCGCUGAGCUCCAGUCCCUGAUGCCUUGGAUCAACAUCAACAUGGCCGAAUUGGUGGCGCAGAUGGAGAAGGAUGAUACCAUCAUUUGCCGGCAGAUGAAGAGGGGCUACAACCCUCAGAUGAGGAGCGAACUGAGGAGGCUGAAGAGCUUCGAGGGCAUCGACCCCUUCAUCAGCUGGAGUCCUGAGGAGAUGGCGGGCGCGGGAUUUUACUACACAGGACUGAAGACCAGCGUGCAGUGCUUCUGCUGCGGGGGCAUCUUCUGCAACUUUGGCAUCACCAAGAUGCCCCGAUCGGAGCAUCAGCGGUUCGAGCCCGACUGCGGCUUCCUCAAGAUGCUGGACGUCGGUGACAUUCCCAAGUACGCCGUGCGGGUGCACCCGCCUGGGAAAGUGCCACUCGACCGACGGCAGCAGCUUACGGAGGAGGGGUGCAGGCUGGAGAGCUUCAAGGGCUGGCCUUUCUACGUGCAAACGGAGCCCAGUCUGUUGGCAGGAGCUGGGUUUUUCUACACAGGUGUCAAGGACCAAGUGCAGUGCUUUUCCUGUGAUGGCAGCUUAGCCAACUGGGAGGAAGGAGAUGACCCGUGGCAGGAGCACGCCAAGUGGUUCCCACAGUGUGAGUAUCUUCAAGGACAGAAGUCCAAGGAGGAAAGGGACCAGUACCGCCGGAGCUACGUUGGAUUUCAUGGAGUCACAGCUGCAGACUUUCUUUCGGAGGACCUUUGCCCAUCGCCAUCGCCUCGAGGUGAGGGACCUGAAUCACAGCCGGACCCGGACCGGGGUUGGAAUAUUUUCGCGGCUGAGAAGACCCGACUGGAGUCAUUCCACAACUGGCCACCAGGGUGCAGCGCCAGCCCGGCCGAGCUGGCGGGAGCUGGAUUUUUCUACCAAGGUCGAGGUGACUGUGUUCAGUGUUUCUGCUGUGGAGUUCAAUUAUUGGAAUGGGAGGAAGAGGAUAACGCUUGGACAGAGCACCGGAGACACUCAUCAGAGUGCCCGUACCUUCUGGCGAGAGACAAGGCGGCCGGGGGAGAUGCGGGAGGAGAGCAGCCCCGGGAAUCAUCCCUCAGCAUGCCGGAUGAGGGAGCCAGGGAGAAGGAUGAUCCCAUCGCUGGAGAGAGCCUGCCCAGCAAGGACGACUGGGCUGAGACUGUCAGGAGGAUGAGGAAACGUUUGCAGGAGCUGUACCGCUCGCCAGAGUUCCACACUGACUCCUUCAACGACUGCAUUCCCGUCGAGCUGGGCACGUGCUAUGCGGAGCCGCGCCUGGUGCUGAAGGACCUCAAGGACAGGGAGGUGCGCCAGCUGGCCUUCCCCGAGAUGCUGCGCGACCUCCGCAGGGUGACCCUGCUGGAGGGCGAGGCGGGCAUGGGCAAGUCGGCCCUGCUCAGGAGGGUGGCCAUUCUCUGGGCGUCGGGCCGUUGCCCCCUGCUGGCCCGCUUUGUGCUGGUGCUGCACGUGUCGGUGACACAGGGCGGCUGGGGCUGGGAGGCAGGCACUGUGUGGAGGGAGCCCUCCCUCGGGGAGCUGGUUUCCCGGCUGGGCGGCCGCCUCCUGGUCUUGCUGGACGGCUAUGGGGAGGCCGAGCCCUUGCCGGCUGAGGACGAGCUGGUCCGCGCCAACCACCGGGGCAACGCUGCCGUCCUGGUGGGCCUCAGGACAGACAAGGCUGCUGCCGUCCGCCAGUUUGCCGACGCCGUGGUCUCUAUCGCCGAGUUCCCGCUCUACAGCUCCAUACGACUUCUGAAGAUGAAGUUCGCCCACGACGCGCCACGGCUGCGCAAGUUGAUCUAUGACGCCGCCUGGUCCAAGACGCUGAGGGCGGCCCUGAAGACCCCUCUGUUCACCCUGGCCCUCUGCCAGCACUGGGUGAGGGAGCCGCUGGACAUCGGCCUGAGCUGCGUUUCUCUGUUCCGCGCCUUCCUGGCCUACGCCGUGCGGCCCAAGAGCCGGGGGGAGCGAGCAAGGCGAGCUCUGGAGGCCUGCGGAAGCCUGGCACUGUCCGGGUUCCUCGUCUCCCGCUACAAGUUCUCCGACGAGGACCUGCUCCAGGCCGGGGUGGACGCAGACGGCGCCCUGGGUCUCGGCCUGCUGAGCAAGUUCACCGCCCAGCGCCUGACUCCCACCUUCAGGUUCCCCCACGUCUCCUUCCAGGAGUAUCUGGCAGGCAAGCGGCUAGGUGGCCUCCUGGGGUCAGAGCUCGCCGCUGAACGCGAGGAGGGGUCCUCCUCCCUGGGCCAGGUCCGCACCUUCCUGGAGGUCUUCACACGCUACUACUACCUCCUGGUCUACGCAGCUUCGUGGUCCAGCAAGGCAGCCUCGCUCAUCGUCACCCACCUCCUCGACAUGACCCAGAGGCCUACGUCCUUCGACUACUGGGCUGAUGCUAGCCCUGCCCUGGUGCACCAUCCCGAUUUAAUGUCGUACAGGGAUCUCUUCAUCCAGGGCUCCCAGAUAAUGGACCCUGAGGAGAUGUUACAUCUGACCACCAGCCUUGUGCUGGAUUUUGUCUUGUCACUGACCAAUGCGGAGACCAGAUCCUCCAUUGCCUCUGUCGUCCUGAACUUCCUGACUGGGAAACAUUUGCAAUUUGAUGUCACUGAGCUUCACCAGAGGAAAAUACUCACUUUUCUAAAGGUGUACCCUGAAACAUUGACCGUCCUCAGCCACCUCAAGAUCUCAUUAACUGGGAAAAAGAGAUUGGCCACCAUGAGUUAUUCCAAAAUGGUGGAAUGCAUGAGCAAUCUGAGCAUCCCAAAGGUGGAGGAGGAUUAUGUGACUGCGUUCCAAUCACUGGAACAAAUAUUCCUGACCAACCAGGCAAAGGAAGAGGAAAUAAGCAGCUUCUUUGCUCUCAGCAGCCACAAUAUCCCAGACUCUUUCAUGGAGAACUUGGCUUCAAUCCCCACUCGCUACAAGGUCCCGGUCCUCAAACUCCACAUCCGUUGCGUCGACACCUUCCGCAAAGAGGAUUCUGAGUGUCUGCUGAGGCUGUGCUCCCUCUCCGACUGCGUGGAGCUCACCAUCUGGGACAGUCUCGGAGUUCUCGGGCAGAUGGAAGCAGCCGUCUCGUCGUGUGGUAAGCGCUUAAGGGCGCUGACCCUGCACCGGACCACGUUGAGCCACAGAGAGCAGGAGCUGGUCACCGCGAUGAAUGCCCUUGAGUCAUUGGACCUGACGUUCGCUGACAACCAAGCUCCAGAGUACCUGCUGAGUCAAUUGGACAAGUUGGAACAACUAAAAGAACUCAUGAUCAAUGUCGGUGCCCAUUCAUCACUGAAAAUCAUUGACCAGAUUUGCGAUGGCUUUGCAAAACUGCAGAACGUCGAAAAGCUCACCCUGUCUGGAGUCAACUGUGUGCAGGAUUCUUCAAAACUCGCUCACCUCCUCCGGAAUUUCCCACAGCUCCGGGUCUUCCGCCUGAAGAGCAUAAGCAGCUUCCCAGAGUUUGAAGACCUCAGCAAGGCUUUGACAUCGUGCUCACGUCUGGAGGAACUGGCACUAAGUGAUUUUCACCUGUCUCCGACAGAAACUUUGGCAUUCGCGGCUUCCCUCAGCGAACUCCGGAACCUCAGAACACUGGAGGCUCCAAGCAUCAGCUUUUCCAACACAGAAGAUUCAAAAGUCUUCGCUCGUGCCGUUGGUUCGCUCGUGUUAUUGGAAAAAUUCCACCUUUGUAACAGUGAAGGGACCAUCACUGCCGCACUACCAUUAACACAACAGCUGCAGAACUUGGAACAGCUCAGGGAGCUCAUCAUCAACAAGAUCAUGGAUGAUCAGAGUCUGUUGGAGCUGGCAAAAGCGGCCAGGAAUGGUCACCUUCGGAAGCUGAAUGUCCUGGAUCUGAGCUUGAACGAGGAGCUCAGCGACCUGGGCUGGAGGGAUUUCUUCCUGACCCUGGAUAACGUGAGUGAGCUGAGGGAGCUGAAUAUUUCCCGUCUGUACACCAACCAACUGAAGCCCCAGCCAGACACAUUCAAGGCCUUUGUGCAGUGUGUCUCUCGGCUCCCGGCCCUGGUGACCAUCCGCAUGCUGAGCUGGAUGUUGGAUGCCAUGGACUUCAACAUGUUCAGCUCCAUGAAGGAGAACCACCCCCAGUCUCGCCGCAUGCGCCUGUGUUGGCAGUGGGCUCUCCCAUUCUCACCCAUCAUCCAGGCCGACGAGUAGAAAUUGGUGCAGAGUCAUUUGGACAUUGUGGUGGUAGAGCACUUCCUUGGUUGUGCAUCUGGAACUAGCCAUCAUAACACCCUUGAUAAUAAAAAUAACCCUGCAGCACCAACCUGACAAAUCUUUCCCCGGUUAGACAUCCCCUCAGCUCUGGUGUCAUCCAGUUAAUUGUUUGCUUUCUUGCUGUACCCCCUUAGCUUUUUCUGUGGCAGCACCUCGGCCAAUCAGAGCUGACUUGCCAACCAAGUACCCUCCUUUUCUUCUGAAGUUGGAACCAUGAUGAUUGUCUGGAAUUUGGGAUUCUUGCAAUUUGUCCUGAUGAGUGCAAAACAAAAAGAUUUGGCCUUUCUCAUUUUCCACUAAUAAUUUUUGCAAUAUUUCUAGUGCCUCUCUACCCUUUUCGUUUUAACAUGAAAGCAACCUGAAUGGUUCAUAUUACACUGUGAUCUAACCAAGAUUUGAUUCAUUGUCGUUUGGUGUCUUUAAGGGCAGAGAUAAAUAGGUUUUUGAUUCGUAAAGGGGAGUUAUGGGGAGAAAGCAGGAGAAUGCAGUUGAGAAAACAUCAGCCAUGAUCGAAUGGCACAGCAAACUCAAUGGGCCAAAUGGCCUAAUUCUGCUUUUAUAUCUCACGAUCUUCUGUACAACAUGCAUGUGUCUGCCUUAGUCUCCUGCAUAUUAGAUGGUCUAUAAGGAGUUCAAAACAUUUAGAUUUUCCUUUAUCACAAAAUAUAUUCAUUAUGUUCUCAUUAGAUCGUGGUGAUUUCAAACAUUUAUCCUGACAAAGCUGCACUGAAUUUUCUGAUGCAUUAAAAAUUAAAAAGUGAGAUACAGGAAAGGAAAUGUCUGUAUG